GAAGUUCAAAUUUUCAACCAGGGAUGGAGAAAGAAGAGAGGAGCCAAAGAACAUGCAAAAAAAUAGAUUCAGAGCUGUUUUUACAGUGGGGAAACAGAAAAAGGCUAAGAUGUGUGAGAGUUAAAGACUCUCAAAAUACAUCUCAUAAAUCCAAUGCCACAACCCGUAGAAGAUUCAAUUCCUCUACUUUUUCUCAUUCCAAUUAUCGUCUCACUAGGAAUUCUGAGGUAUCUAUACUCCAGUCGACUAUGACUGAGCACCAGAAAACUUCGUCACUGGAGAAGGAAGAUCGGUACUACACAACAAGGGGAUCAGCGGUGAGUUUAAUUGAUGAGAAUGGGAAGGUAGUAGUGGAUAGUAGCAGUAAUGGAGAUGAUAAGAAAAGGGUAGUGUGGCCGAAGCUGUAUAUCACAUUGUCAAGCAAAGAAAAAGAGGAGGAUUUUAUGGCAAUGAAAGGGUGUAAACCUCCUCAAAGACCUAGAAAGAGAGCCAAGAUCAUUCAAAGGAGCUUACUUUUGGUGAGCCCUGGUGCAUGGUUGACUGAUAUGUGCCAAGAGAGGUAUGAAGUCAGGGAAAAGAAGAGUUCUAAGAAGAGACCAAGAGGAUUGAAGGCCAUGGGGAGUGUGGAAAGUGAUUCAGAUUGAGAGACCUUUGGGGGGUGCUAUUUUCUCUUCUUAAUUUUAUGGAAUACUUUUGCCGUUAAUGGAAGAGAAAAAUGACAAACAAUAUCUGCCAGAUUUGUUGUAUACAAGUUGAAAUUUUCAUUUUUAUAAAUGAAAAUACCUAAAUCAUCAAAUUCAUAGUGUGAUUUUGGUAA